CUCUUUCAAAUAUUCCCCAAUCACCCACUCUCAUCACCACAACGCAUAAGCAAGCACCACGAAACACAAAUAUCUCAACCCACUCUAAAAAAAAAGUAGAUCAGCAGAAAAUCACAAUCCAUAACUCGCGCUCUACAAUGGACCGUCGUAACAAUCUCCGCAGCGGUAGAACAUCCGGCCGUCAGUCCUAUGUCGAUCCAAAUGACGAAUUCUUCGACGAUGAUCGAUCUGGCUAUGAACGUAGUGGUUUCAAUAGCUACGCAGGUACCUCUGACCCUUACUCCCGCCGCGGUACUUCUACCCGUUCUUCCCCUCGCUAUGCCACGGUCGGUCCUACAUCUCACCCUAGCUCUUACAAUGGGGCUUCUCGUGCGUAUGAGUCGUCUCGUUCUCAAGGACAGCAUUACACAUCUGGAUCCCAGCGCUACACCGACUUUGGUACUGGCGCAGAACAGAACUAUGGCGCUCGGCACGCUACGCAAGACGCCUUUUCAUCUCGCGGCGGGAAUGGUACUUCGCGCUCUAAGGACACAUACCAGGAUUUCGAUGGUCAUGAUGGCAGUGCAGCAGAGCAUCGCUUCGUAGACGAGUUCAAUCGCACUGGUCGUACCAAGACGGCAUAUGCGUCUGAGUAUGAGAAGCUGCCUCGACGACAUCCAGAUAGUGGCUCCCGUGGCAACAUAGAUGAUACCGAUGGCUUUUUUGACGGCUUCGGUGACGUGCAAGAUAUGGGCCCGCUUCCUUCUUUCGAUCGCAAUAUGCGUUCUCGUUCAUCUCGGGGCGAUCCGCGCGGCAUGAAGGGUGAUCAGUCUUCGUCUUCUAGUCGUCGUACUGGCCGUUCUUCAUUUGGGGAUCAGUUCGGUCGGCGGUAG